AUGCCUCAAGGCAAGGGCCAGGUCAAAUAUGCUGUUGUUGCCGUAGACUACUUCACCAAGUGGGUAGGAGCCAAAGCCUUAGCAACGAUAACGGCAGCCAAUAUGGAAGAUUUCAUCUGGAUGAACAUUUGCUGCCGAUUCGAAAUCCCCUACACCAUCAUCACCGAAAACGGCAGGCAAUUCGAUUCGGAAGCCUUUAGGCAGUUCUGCACUCGCCUCAAGAUCAAUCUGUUCUUCGUUUUGCCAGCUCACCCCCAAUCGAACGGUCAAGUCGAGGCAAUGAACAAAAUAGUCAAGAAGCUAUUGAAACGGCAACUUGACAAGGCCAAAGGAGCCUGGCCGGAGAAUCUUCCAGAAGCAUUAUGGGCCAUUCGGACAUCCUACCAAACGGCCAUCGGGGAAACACCGUUUCUCCAUGGCCUUUGGCUCGGAAGCGGUAGUCCUAGUAGAAAUCGGAGAACCUUUCUACCGAACGGAAACUUUCGCCCCAAAGACGAAUGA